AUGACAUUCGCUGCUACCCCGAUCACUGAGUCCUCAAAGAUUCGGAAGACUCCGUUGAGGGACAAUGUCAAGUGCCUCAUAUUCUGCCUCAUGGUCGCGGUAUCUAACUUCCAAUAUGGCUUCGAUACUGGGAUAGUCAAUGGCUUUCAAGCCAUGCAAGGCUUCUUGCGUGUAUAUGGCGUUCGGACAAGUUCUGGUCAGUUCACAAUCGAGAAAACAUUCCAGCAGCUGAUUACAAGUCUCCUUCAAGUCGGUCUUAUCAUUUCAUCGGUUGCCAACGGUCCGUUGUCUGCUCGCUAUGGCCGUCGCAUGAGUUUCGCAGUUGCAUCUGUUCUCGGUUGUGCCGGUAUUACCAUCCAAAUACUUGUCACCUCCCAGUGGCCUGUCUAUAUUGGUCGGCUACUUCUCGGGCUGUCCAAUGGUUUAUACGUCAAUGCAACUGUUCUGUACAUAAGUGAGAUUGCGCCACCUCACCUUCGUGGGUUGAUGGUAUCCAUAUUCCAGCCUUUCGUAAACCUGGGCAGUUUUAUCGGCGCAGUCAUUUCAAACGCAUUUUCGGAGAAUCUUGCAAAGAUAUCAUACCAAGCUCAACUAUGCAUCCUUUACGCUGUCCCUGUUUGGUUAUUUUUCGUCGUCUGGCUCGUACCAGAAUCUCCUCGCUGGCUCCUUGUGAACGAGAAGAGGCAGGAUGCUGAUCGCUCGCUGGUCCGAUUGCGGCCGAAAGGAACAGCACGAGAAGAAAUCGAAGAGGAGAUACGUAUUAUUGAGGACGCCAUUGCUGUUGAGAAAGAAAUGGAAACCGACGUCGCGUGGACCGAUAUUUGGAAAGGAACUGACCUGCGACGUACGCUUCUAUGCAUUGCUUGUUCAACCUUCCAUGCUGCAUCAGGACUUAAUUUCUUGGUCGGCUAUGGGACAUUCUUUUUCCAAGUCGCUGGGGCGAGCGAUCCAUUCAUCGACACUGUAAUUUUGCAAUCUGUUAACCUCUUCACCUCCCUUUGCGCACUACCUCUAGCCCGCAGAUUUGGCCGUCGCACCUUGCUUUUGUCUGGGUUCGGAAUGGAAACAGUGUCCAUGCUUGCUGUUGCGCUAAUCUAUUCAAUUACGAGGACUCAUACAACACUGGCUGACGGGAAAGCGCUCGUAGCUAUGCUCUGUAUCUUUAGUGGAGCCUACGGAGCAACGAUUGGUCCGCUUAGUUGGGUGACCGCUGGUGAGAUGACUGCGAAUCGCUUGCGCAGUCAUGCAUUUGGAGUGUCUAUGGCGAUUGGAUUCUUCUUCGCUUGGCUCACUGUCUUUACUACGCCAUACUUCAUAAAUACGACAGGCCUCAAUUGGGGCGCCAAAGUCGCUUGGAUUUGGAUGCCAUCGAACCUGGUUACAUUCGUUUUCAUAUACUUCUUCCUGCCCGAGACAAGGGGUAGAAGUCUCGAGGAACUCGAUGAGCUGUUCAAUAUGCGUAUACCGGCACGGAAAUUCUCCUCGGUCAAGCUCCGUCCGGCUGCCAUAGAAUCGAACGACGAGAAAACAUCCAAUUCCGAAUUAAUCGUGGAUAUCGAGAAGGUCUCAUAG